AAUGACGUUUAGGGAAAAACAAGCGAGUCUGUUGUUACUCCCGGAACGGCGGCGAAGCACAUCAUGGCUUGUUGUCGACCCUCGAAAAGAGAGCCAGGUUCGGGCACGCAGCAACCUCACACGACGUCGGACGCCGGGUCAGAUCUUGCUGUUGCUGGUUCUGUCGUGGCGGACCCGCAGCACUCCAAAAAGCUGCUCCGUGCCCUUCGGUCCUUCUGGCAGGACCAGUGUUUUCAAGAUGCCGUUCUGGUUCUGGACGGCGAGGAGAUCCCGGUGCAGAAAAAUAUAUUAGCUGCCGCCAGUCCAUAUAUUCGGACGAAGCUGAAUUACAACCCCCCAAAGGAGGACGGGUCGGUGUAUGCCAUCCAGUUGCAGGGUAUCUCCGUUGCCACCAUGAAGCAGAUCUUGGACUAUAUCUUCAGUGGAGAGAUCAGUUUGAGCGAGGACACUGUUCAGGACGUGGUGCAGGCAGCCGACCUCCUGCUCAUGACUGACCUGAAGCUCCUGUGCUGUCAGUUUCUGGAGAGCUGCAUUGCGGCCGAGAACUGCAUCGGGAUCCGCCUGUUCUCCCUGCACUACUGCCUGCACCAUGUGCACCACGUGGCCACGGACUUCCUGCAGACACACUUCCGUGACGUGGCCUCCACCGAGGAGUUCUUGGAGCUACCGCUGGACCGCCUGUGUGAGAUCCUAGCCAUGGAGAAGCUGAACGUGGGCAAUGAGAAGCACAUCUUGGAGGCCGUGGUUCGCUGGCUAGCACAUGACCCCGAGGCGCGGAGGGUCCACAUGAAAGAAGUGAUGGCAUCGGUGUGGGUACUGGGGCUCGACCAAACCUAUCUGCGGGAGCAGAUGCUGGGAGACCCCCUCAUGAGGGAGGUGAUUCGGGAGUGUUGCCAUGUCCCUCUGGGUGGCGCGCCCCAACAGGGGGAGGCACUGCUGGCCUCCUUUAAGCCCCGUGGUUACUCCGAGUGCAUUGUCAUCGUGGGGGGCGAGGAUAGAGCGAGCCGCAAGCCCACAGCAGUGACGCGGUGCAUGUGCCCACUGUACGACCCCAACCGGCAGCUGUGGAUCGAGCUGGAGCCCAUGAGUGUGGGCAGGACCGGGCACGGCGUGGUGACCGCAGAGGGCUACCUCUUUGUGGUGGGAGGUAUGGAUGAGAACAAGACCGUCCUAUCCAACGGGGAGAGGUACGACCCUGACACCAACACCUGGAGUCCCAUCCCCUCCAUGAUCCAGGCGCGGCAGAACUUCGGCAUUGUGGAGAUCGACGGCCUUAUCCACGUGCUGGGCGGUGAGGAUGGAGCAAGCGAGCUCCUUACCAUGGAGGUGUACGACCCCCACACCAGGAGCUGGAGCGCGCGGGCUAGCAUGACCAUGGUGCGCAAGGUUGGCUGCUAUGCUACUAUGAACAAGAAGAUCUAUGCCAUGGGCGGCGGCUCUUAUGGGAAGCUGUAUGACUCUGUGGAAUGCUACGACCCCAGGACUCAGCAGUGGACGGCACUCUGCCCCCUUAUGGAGAGGAGGUUUGGGGCAGUGGCGUGUGGAGUGAGUCAGGAGCUGUACGUGUUCGGGGGCGUGAGGAGCAGAGACGCCGAUAACCCUGAGUCUAGCCAGAUGAUGACCUGCAAGUCUGAAUUCUACCAUGAAGAACUGAAGAGAUGGAUGUAUUUGGAUGACCAGAGCCUCUGCGCGCCCACAAGCUCAUCCUUCGUGUAUGGUGCUGUCCCAAUUGGUGCGAGCAUCUACGUGGUGGGAGACCUGGACACCGGCACGAGCUACGACUACGUCCGCGAGUUUCGGCGCAGCUCCGGUGCCUGGCACCGCACCCGGCCCAUGCUGCCCACCGACCUCUGCAAGACGGGCUGUGCCGCGCUGCGCAUCGCCAACUGCAAGCUCUUCCGGCUGCAGCUGAAGCAGGGCUUGUUCCGCAUCCGCAUCCAGUCCACAUAGGAAGCCCCGCCCCCAGGCUGAGCCCCGCCCCCAGGCCAAGCUCCGCCCCACCCUGUCACCUCCGGAUGUACACCUGGGACCCUGAGCUGUCUCUGAAUAGGCUUUGGAGCUCUGUCCACAGUGGGGCUCAGGCAGGGCACGGGCUCCUCUGUCCCCCCCCCCCAAACCCCCCGCUUAUGCUACAAGCCCGCCACACGCAAGAUCUGAUGCCUCAUUCCGUUUCUAACACUAAUACUUUUUAACGGUUUUUACCUGCUGCAGUACUCUCAUUCCUAGUAGCUCAGUGUUUACUACUUUUAGUUCUCAUAUUAAGCUUUAAAAGGGUGCUUGUGUAAAGAAACACUUCGACGAAGGAGGAUCUGCGGUUUCCUUUAACAUAAGAAUUAUUAUGCAACUUGAAGCCCAGUUGGAGGAAUUUCUGCGAGAGGCUUCAGAACAUUUGAUAACUGCGUGGGGGAGGACAGCUGGCCAAGGGACCUUAGUUUUUAAACGUAUUAUACAUUUUUUUUAAUUAUUAUUUUCACUUGUAUGUUACAGAGUGUCCCAGUAUCUUCCAGGCUGCGUUGUUUGGUGACAUGGUACAGCUGUAGAGUGCUCAGGUUGCAGCACCGACUUCCUUGCUGAUGCAGGAACCCUGCACACGCGCGUAACAGUAGAUAACUCUGCACGUAGACGCACCGUCCACUGCUUGGUCUUGGAAAGCCAUACUGAGUAUCUGCCACAAUUAGCAAUUAUUACCGGCCUGUUGCAAAACUUGUAGCCGUCGUUACUGUCUACCUGCAGUGUGGCUGUCCUAAGGGCGAACUUACUGUAAUUGUGUUUGAGUGCCUGUGUUCUGUCACUGCAUAAUGUAUUUAUCGUGCUGUCCUCAGUGAGACUUGACCAUUGAAAUGUGUGUAUUAACAGGUGUCGGGCACUUUCUCAUGCACACUGCACAGUGCACUUAUCAUGCAGGCCACUAGGGGCGCUGGCCUUGUUCGAACGCACCUGGUAUGUUUUUAACCGUGACCUCCCCCCCCCCCCCCCACCACCAUACCAACCUUACAGCCGGUGCCAUGGAAAACCAUCCUGCCAAAUGCUGGCGGGAAAGCCAAGGAAGAAGUACACGCAUUCUGUGUCAUACUUCUUUCUACCGAAAUCUCUACCAAAACAAAUUAUUUAGUUGUAAAACAUGUCAGACGUUUAAAUACCUUACUAUUUCCUUAAUUCAGGAAAAAAAAUGUACAUUUGGCAAAAAAUAGAAGUUUGAUAGAAUACUGGAAGAAAUAUUUACAUUGUUUUGCAUUUUUUGGGGGGAAAUGGUACUGGAUUGUCCACAGUGUCCGAUCUCAUGCUAGAGGUGGUUUCCGUUAUAAAAGUGUUUGUGUGUAAUAAGUGGUUUACUUUGGACCCCUCCGGCCCCCACUUCUAUUUGGGGCGGCUGGGGGGGACAGUCUACUUUCAGCUGCCAUUCCACACCGUUUACACAGCCUGUUAUCUUACUGUUUAAUUUCCAUCUUGAUGUUAAAGGAGGGAAAAUAACACCAUUUUUUGCCUUAGUGAUAAAUCGCAGAAAUGUUAGUCAGAUGUGGUUUACUAUCAGUAUGGGAAUAGAGGUUUUAAUAUUUGCUCCGUAUGUCUUCUAUGGUUAGUUUUUCUGAACCUUUCCAUGAAUGGCCUACCUUUUUACGUAAUUUUUCAUUUUCAUCUUUUUGUGAUCCAGAUCGUAAUCUUGAGUUUACAGGCUGAGUAAAUAAUCAAAAGGCAAAAAAACAUUAGCUGAGGUUGAUAAAAACAUGAUUUUAUAAAUGAUUUCUAAAAGGUCUGUAUGGUAUUUCUCAUUAAUUUGGUUCCUUUUUUAUUCCAGUAAUUGACAGCUAUAAAAGAUGACGUGUCUUGUUACCCUACGAGUUCAAACAUGUAUGACUUUGCUGCUGAGUGGUAGCCCUGUGUCAUAAGCAUGAGGUUAACACUGCACUACUUUCGGUGGUAAAUAUAUGCAUGUGGACUGAUA